AUGGACGAACAACGUCUCGUUCAGCUCUUGGAGCAAAUUCUCACUCCGGAUACUAAUAUCGUCAAGAAUGCGACUACUACCCUCCGCCGGGAUUUCUACUCCAAACCCGAGUCGCUUCCGACUUUGAUUCGCAUCCUGAAAACUCAUCAUAAUCCUCAAGUUCGCCAAAUGGCCGCUGUUGAGACCCGUAACUUGAUCCCUCAAUUUUGGGGUGUUAGGAAUAAUGCUCCGUCAAAGAUUCCCGCAGAAAUGAAGCCACAGCUUCGGGAUUCGCUGCUUCAAUCAACAAUUGCUGAGCCCAACUCUUUAGUCAAACAUUCCUCUGCUCGAGCUAUCUCCGCCAUUGCAAAGAUUGAUUUGUCAGUAGGCGAGUGGUUGGAGCUACCUGGAUACCUCCUUGAGGCAGCGAUGUCUCCUAAAGCAGAGGACCGCGAAGUUGGUGUUUACAUCCUCUAUACCCUCUUAGAGACCCUCGAGGAUGCUGUAGCAGAUAGGUGGAGGGACUUCCUCCAGCUUUUCAGUAGAACAAUUGUCGACCAGGAGAGCAUGGCUGUUCGUCUCAACACUCUCCUUGCACUUGGUAAAAUGGCUGAGUCUCUCAACUCCGAAGAUCAUCCUGAGGGUGUUUCUGCGUUUAGAGAUGUACUCCCUUCCAUGGUCAACGUUUUGCGAGAACUUGUUGCUUCGGGAGACGAGGAAAAGGCCAAUCCCUCUUUUGAGGUCUUCCAGACACUGUUGAUUGGAGAUCCUGCGCUCAUCUCAACUCACUUCCGUGAUCUGGUUCAAUUUUUCUCGGAAAUGGCUUCUUCGAAAGAAAUUGACGAUGACUUCAGAGCGAAGGCCAUCUCUUUCCUCAUGUCUUGCCUGCGAUACAAGAAAAUGAAGAUGCAAGGUCUACGGGUUGGGGAGGAGCUUACACUUCGCGCACUGGGAAUUGUGACUGAGUUCAAGGAGAUCGAGGACAGCGAUGACAUGACUCCGUCAAGAUCAGCAUUGGGACUCCUUGAUUACCUCUCCGCAUCUUUGCCCCCCAGCCAAGUGGUUGUGCCCUUGUUGAAUGCUCUCCCGGGAUACGUGUCACAUCAGGACCCAGACUACAGAAAGGCCGCAGUUUUAGCCCUGGGAAUGUGUGUAGAAGGUGCCCCGGACUUUAUCGCCACGCAAAUCGGACACAUCUUCCCAGUUGUUCUCACUCUUCUGGCCGACCCCGAAUCUAGGGUGAGACAGGCAGCGCUACACACCAUUGCCCAGUUGGCGGACGACCUCGCCGAAGAUAUGGGCAAAGAACAUGCUAGAUUGAUUCCAGCUCUCAUUGCAAUGCUUGAUUCCAGUGAUGGUUUAGAUAUUUGGAAGGCAGCUUGCAACGCUAUCGAUGCAGUGCUUGUUGGGAUUGAGCAAUCCGACGUCACAUCAUACCUCCCCCAGAUAAUGCCUAGAUUAUUCCGGAUGUUUAGCCAGGAAGACCUUAAGCUCAAGGCGGCUGCUGUUGGUGGCAUUGGCUCCACAGCUAUGGCUGCCAAGGGAGAUUUCACCGUAUAUUUCGUGGAAACUAUGAAUGCCCUGUCGCCCUAUAUCUCGGUCAAAGACUCAGAGGAGGAGCUUGAUCUCAGAGGUGUUGUCGUCGAUGCCAUGGCCGCUAUUGCGGAGUCGGUGGGCAUGCAGGCUUUUACUCCAUACGUAGAACCACUAAUGCAAUCCACCGAGGACGCAUUGAAUUUGGGACACCCGCGUCUGAGAGAAACAAGUUUCAUGUUUUUUGCUACUAUGGCAAAGGUAUAUGGUGAAAACUUCGUUACCUUCCUUCCAAAUGUUACACAGGCAUUAUUUUCGAGUCUGGAGCAGACUGAGACGGAUAUCGAGGCGGAUAUCGAGGGGCUUUUUGCUGGAAAUAUCACCAGUGUUGGUGCUGAAGGCACUCAGAGAGCAUCUCUGGGAUCCGAUAUUAACGCUGAAAUUGCCGACAUUGAAGUUGAGGAUGAUGAAGAUGACGAAGCGCUUUGGGAUGAUUUCACUGCUGUUAGUGCUGUAGCUUUGGAGAAAGAAGUUGCCGCCGAAGUCAUUGGAGAUGUCUUGAGUCAUUGCAAAGAAGGAUACCUCCAGUACCUCGAAAAAACUGUUGAGCUCCUUGCUGAAAAAGCCCAACAUCCAUAUGAGGGUGUCCGCAAGGCAAGCAUCAGUACACUAUGGAGGGCUUAUGCUACCCUUUGGCAAGUUAUGGAGAACCAGGGAAUGGCAAAGUGGCAGCCUGGACUGCCGUUGAAGGUACAACCAUCACCAGAAUUACAGAAGCUUGGGACUGUUGUCAUCACAUGUACAAUCGUGAACUGGAAGAACGAGACUGAUAGGGGUACCGUGACUGAUAUCUGUCGCAACAUUGCAGAGACCCUCAAACUAUGUGGGCCUGCUUUCCUUGCCGACUCAGCAAACUUAGUCGAGCUUGCUACCCAACUUGUAUUGAUCCUCAAAAAACAACAUCCCUGCCAGUUGGACGAUGACGAGGAAGACGAUUUACCAGAACUUCAAGAAUCAUCUGAAUAUGAUUGGCAUUUGAUUGAUACGGCCAUGGACGUGAUCCUGGGUCUCGCCACGGCUCUUGGUACCCAAUUCAACGAGAUGUGGGAAAUUGUCGGAAGCCAUCUCAUCAAAUUUGCCUCAUCGUCAGAAGCAAUUGAACGAUCAACUAGUGUGGGUGUGAUUGCCGAUUGUAUCAAGUAUAUGGAAGAAGGGUGCACUCCUAGGACCGAACAAUUGUUGAAAAUCCUCAUGCACAAGCUUUCGGAUGCAGACCCAGAAACAAGGUCAAAUGCCGCCUACGCCAUGGGAUUAUUGUGUAUCAAAUCCCAAAACACCCAGUUAAUCACCAGUAACUACAGCACUAUUCUCCGCAAACUAGAACCUCUUUUGCAAGAUCAGAGUUACAGGAUGCUUGAUAAUGCUUGCGGUUGCGUUUCAAGAAUGAUUAUGGCUCACCCCAACAAUGUGCCCUUGGGCGAGGUCCUUCCGGUGAUUGCCAAUGUGCUUCCUUUGAAGGAAGACUACGAAGAGAAUGAACCUAUCUAUACUAUGCUUGUAAAACUUUACCAGGAAAGGAACCAGAUUGUUGGUAGCAUGACUGGACAGUUCGUUCCCAUCAUCGCUUCAGUACUUUCACCCCCUGAAGAACAAGUAAAUACGGAGACUCGUCAAAAGCUUGUCCAGUUGGUUCAAUUUCUUUACAACGAAGAUCAAAAUCUCAUCCGUGGCUAUGAUAACCUUGUUGCCAUUGCUACUGGGGCCAAUUAA